AUGGACACUUUCGAUAAAGAUGACAGCUCAUCGGACGAAUCUAACGAUGACGAGCAGGAAGGCUCUAACCAGUCUGGCGUUAACCAACAACGAAGAAUACAGAAUGCAAAGUUUGAAGCUCUUCUCGCUCAGCGUGCCGAUACAGGCCCCACCAAUAAUACCCGAAUUGUUCCCAGUGACCUGCCUGAUGCUCAGCUUUCUACUGCCCAUCUAGUAGCAAAACAGGACCUCGGGAGUGGUACACUGGAUCCGAGAGAAUACCAGGUGGAGCUUUUUGAGAGAGCCAAAAUGCAGAAUACGAUCGCAGUGCUCGAUACCGGAUCUGGAAAGACUCUGAUAGCGGUGCUUCUCCUCAAGCAUAUAAUCCAGAAGGAGCUGAACGACCGUGCCGAGGGAAAGCCACACCGGAUCUCAUUCUUUCUCGUGGACAGCGUUACACUCGCAUAUCAACAGGCCGCCGUCUUGCGCAAUAACCUGGAUCAGAAUGUUGCACACUUCUUUGGGGCCAUGGGAACCGACCUGUGGAAUAAGCAUGUAUGGGAUGAGCAUUUCCAAAAGAACAUGGUGAUCGUCUGUACGGCGGAGAUCUUGAAUCAAUGUCUGCUCAAUUCCUACAUCAAAAUGAGCCAGAUAAACCUUAUGAUCUUCGAUGAAGCUCAUCAUACUAAGAAGGACCAUCCAUAUGCACGCAUCAUUCGAGAUUCCUAUCUUGAAGUAUCCCCUUCAAGCCGCCCAAGAAUCUUUGGCAUGACAGCAUCACCGAUCGACACAAAAGGGGACAUCCUGGAGGAAGCUACGAGGCUUGAGGCGUUGCUCGAUAGCACCAUUGCUACAACGUCAAACUUGACAUGUCUACGGCAGGUGGUCAGACGCCCUGUAGAGAAAACAUGGACGUUCAACAGACUGGUUAAACCGUUCACGACCAAGCUGUACAAGAUCCUUGAAGAUCGGUUUGGAGACAUGGCGUGCCUGGAGGCCAUUUUCAGAUUUGCCUGGCAAGCCAGUUCUGAGUUAGGCCCAUGGUGCUCAGAUCGAGCAUGGGCUCGUGCCUUGGCAGACGAUGUAUUGCCAAAGCUCGAGGGAAAUGUCAGCAAGGCCAUGAAUUCAGAGGCAGCAACCCAAGUACCCGAAGGGGCGUACAAAGAAAUCUUGCGAAUUAAAGAGGCAAGCGAGAUCAUCAAAGGUCACUCAUUCACCAGCCCUGAUUCUCCAGGACAACUGAGCUCUAAAGUACAACUUCUCCGCGAGGAGCUGGGUCGGUACUUCGGACGAUCAACAGAGACAAAGUGUAUUGUCUUUACGCAGAAGCGCUACACGGCUUUGAUUCUAUCCGAGCUUUUCGAGACUUUGAAUAUCCCUUUCCUUCGGCCUGGCGUGCUUAUUGGUGUACGGUCUGGUGACCUUUCGGGGAUGAACAUAACGUUUCGUCAGCAAUUUCUGGCUUUGGUAAAAUUCAGGAACGGUGAAAUAAAUUGCCUGUUUGCUACCUCUGUGGCUGAAGAGGGCCUUGAUAUACCAGACUGUAACCUGGUGAUUAGAAGAUUUGAUCUAUACAACACCCUGAUUCAGUAUGUCCAAAGUCGUGGGCGUGCGAGACAUUUCAAUUCGACGUAUGCGAGUAUGAUUGAGAAGAACAACUCGGAGCAUGACGAGAGGUUAUGCGAAGUUCGAGAUGCCGAAAAAAUGAUGCAACGCUUCUGCAGGACUCUCCCACAGGAUAGGUUGCUGCACGGAAAUGACCACGACUUGGAAGUAGUGUUGCAAAAAGAGGAAGGCAACAGAUCUCUAAUAAUCAAAGCCACAGGAGCCAAGUUGACCUAUCACUCGGCAACCGCCAUACUUGCCCGCUAUGCUAGCUCUUUGCAAUACGAAAAGGAAUCUUCAGCGCAAGUCACCUACGUGGUACUUCCUUCCAACAAUGCGUUUGUCUGCGAGGUUAUCUUGCCCGAAAAAUCGCCUAUUCGAGGUCUUACUGGAGGCCCAGCAAUGAGAAAGUCCAUUGCAAAACGGUCUGCGGCAUUUGAUACAUGUAUUUUGCUUCGGAAGAACAAAUUGCUUGAUGAUUAUUUCAGCUCGGUCUAUCAUCGUCGCCUACCAGCUAUGCGAAACGCGAAACUUGCAAUAAACUCCAAGCGCACAAGUCAGUAUGACAUGAUCUCAAAGCCGUCAAUAUGGAGCCAGAACCGAGGCUUGCCUCCAAAAGAGCUCUAUGGAACCGUUAUCAAAUUUCUGCCUUCCAAAACGCUACUACAUGAUCCAAGGAGCUUGCUAUUACUCACACGAGAGAGGCUACCAGAAUUACCGAAAUUCCCAAUCUUCCUCGAUGAUGACAUAGAGACUACAGUCCUUACUACACCUUUGGCGGAAAUGCUUAUACUAUCGGCCGAAGAGGUGGAUUGCUUGACAACAUUUAUUCUUCGGGUUUUCCGCGACGUAUUUCACAAGACCUACGACAAAGAACCCGAGAAGAUGGCAUACUGGUUGGCACCAGCCAAGGCACAAAGCUCGUAUAAUCCCGCGAAAGACCCAAGGCAGCUAAUAGACUGGAGGAGCCUUUUAUUUGUACGAGAUAACGACGGUAUACCUUUCUCUAAGACUGCGACCCCCGAGAGCAUGGUUGACCGCUUUGUAUUCGAUGCCUGGGAUGGAAGAUGUCGGUAUUUCACGGUGGCAGUUGAGAAUGCACUGCGUCCCUCAAGCCCGCCACCUUCUUUCGUGCCCCGGCGCAGGCAUAUGAACGAUAUCAUGAAUUAUUGUCUCAGCCUCUCCAAGAACUCUAGGGCUAAGUUCUUGGCGGGUUGUACCUGGGAUCAGCCUGUCUUUCGAGCUGAACUGGUACGCCUACGCAGAAACCUUCUCGACAAGAUGUCAGACGCUGAAAGAGAUGUUGAAACGAAAUGCUUCAUUUGUGUGGAGCCCUUGAAAGUAUCUGCCAUUCCUGCAUCGACGGCCUUUUCUUGUCUUGCCUUUCCAGCAAUUAUCUCCAGAGUAGAUGCCUACCUUAUCUCUCUGCAAGCCUGUGAGGAGCUGCAUCUAGCCGUCCACCCGGACCUUGCUCUAGAAGCAUUCACAAAAGACUCUGACAAUACAGAAGAACACCGGGCCCAACAAAUUCACAUCCAGCGAGGAAUGGGGAAGAAUUACGAGCGUCUGGAAUUUCUGGGUGAUUGCUUCCUAAAGAUGGCUACAUCAAUUUCUUUGUUUACACAAAACCCAGACGAUGACGAGUUCGACUAUCAUGUGAAUCGGAUGUGCCUCAUCUGCAACAAGAACCUCUUCAACACAGCUGUGAAAAGAGAGCUUUACAAAUUCAUUCGCAGUCGAGGGUUUUCGAGACAUACUUGGUAUCCAGAUGGUCUAAGCCUAUUACAGGGCAAGGAUCAUAGCAAAAAGGUGUCUACGGAGGCCAAGCAUGCUCUUGCGGAGAAAACAAUUGCGGAUGUUUGCGAAGCUUUGAUAGGGGCAUCUCUGCUUUCUGGUGGCCCUGACCAUCGUUUCGACAUGGCCGUCAAAGCAGUGACUGCUUUGGUAGACAGCUCGAGCCACAAGGCCUCAUGCUGGAAAGAGUAUAUAUCCCUGUAUUCGAUGCCAAAGUACCAGAGUCAGGCACCAGAUGGAUCUGAGCUUGACCUUUGUAGGAGGGUCGAAGAGAAGCUGAGUUACCACUUCAAAUAUCCGAGGCUCCUGGGAUCGGCUUUCACUCAUCCUUCAUAUCCGUCCGCAUGGGCCAAAACGCCUUGCUACCAGCGCCUGGAAUUCCUCGGAGACUCAUUGCUCGACAUGGUCUGUGUAGAAGAUCUGUUCUAUAGAUUUCCGGACCGAGACCCGCAAUGGCUCACGGAACACAAGAUGGCUAUGGUUUCAAACAAAUUCCUUGGUGCUUUGGCUGUGAAGCUAGGGCUCCACAGGCAUCUGAAAUACUUUAGCGGCCCAUUGCAAUCACAAAUCACUCACUACGCCGAGGAGAUUCAGACUGCGGAGGCUGAGGGUGAGGGCGCGGUAGACUAUUGGACUGUGACAAAAGACCCCCCUAAGUGCUUACCUGACAUGGUUGAAGCGUAUCUCGGAGCGAUCUUUGUCGACUCGAACUUCAACUUCGAGGUGGUUGAGAAGUUCUUUAAGGACCACAUCAAACCAUUUUUCGAGGACAUGGCGAUCUAUGACAGUUUCGCGAAUAAACAUCCAACGACUUUCCUGCACAACAGAUUGACGAAUGAUUAUGGCUGCAUGAACUAUUGUCUGAAAGCCGGUGAGAUGCCUGCCAUCGAUGGGGCUCCAGCUGGAGUCUUAGCUGCUGUGAUUGUGCAUGAUGCUGUCAUUGCUGAAGGUACGGCAUCAUCUGGCCGCUAUGCAAAAGUCAAGGCCAGUGAAAAAGCCUUGGUAGUACUGGAAGACAUUACGCCAACGGAGUUUCGGAAGCAAUACCACUGUGACUGUCGAGAGUCGAACGGUGCCGCCAUCCCCGAUAUUGGAACAGCGAUUUGAGGUGACCAAAGCUGGAGCUGGCUGGCAUAUGCGGUGAAGCAGCCCGUGCCAUGGACCGACUAUUGAUGAAUUAAUGCAAGGUGCACGUGGACCUGGGGGUACUUUAUCCUAGCAUGUAGAUAGAGCACCUCAAACCAUCCGAUGAUACUCUGGAGACCUGCACUUAUCCUG